GGUACUUCGUGCGGGAUGGACGGCCCAGGAACUAUUGGUCACAUUUGGUAACAUUAUUGGUGAAGUGGCUUUAAUUCCGGGGUCAAAUGCCGUCUUUAUUGUGCAAGUCAAUGGAGAAAUUAUCUGGGAUCGUAAGAAGGAAGGAAGGUUCCCGGAGUUAAAAGAAUUGAAACAGCUAAUUAGGAAUAGAAUAGCCCCAGACAUGGAUCUUGGGCAUAGCGAUGGAAAGAAGAAAGACUCCUCUCAAGUUGCCACCAAUAAUUUAACUAAUGUUACGAAUGCAUCUGAUGUCAAAAGUAGUGAUGCCUGUGAUAAUGAAGGGUGUAAAUAA